AUGCAACCGUGCGAGUGGAGAAGUGACACAGGGCUCAGUUCGAGCAACUAUGUGCAGCAACACCCGUCGACAUCGUUCUGUAUUGAUAACAUUCUGGGAAAACCAACAGUGACUGCAGCGCAACGUAGUCCUGUCGCGCCAGUACAACAAUACAACAUGGAACAACCGAGGAUUCACGAUAGUUACAGAACACCAUCUUAUCCGAUGGUCUUUCCACCGAGGACCUAUGGUAAUCCUUUCAUGGCCUACCAAAGACAUCAUCCCUAUGCGAUGCCCGCAAUGGGCUACAACAUUCAAGCUCCCAUCAUUCCCAGCAUUUAUGAUGCUUUUCAGGAUCCAAUGGGUAAGCAUUGAACACUACGCAUUUUAUCUCUUGUAUCAUUCAUAAAUGUAGCUUCGUUCAUGCAGUUUGAUUGCAUAAAAUUGAUCCAUUCAUACAAUGAAAUCGAAAGCAAUGGGAUUUAAACGGUAAGGCAGUAGUGGGCUUGUUGCCGAUGGUCGCAAAAUUGACUUUCCACAAAAUUACGCAUUCGAUUCUGUUCCAUUCUUGCUUUCUAAUUCAAAUUUGGCUUUUUGUAAGCGCGCACAUAAAGCUUUUGUAUCUAAAAUGUAUCUUAGAAACAGGAAGACAAUUAGGUAUCUAGGUAAUUUUAAUCCUUGGUAUAAAACCAGGCUUUCAGUUCAAAUAUUACAGUAAUCUCUGUGCGGAUUUGCGAAUACUCUUCACAUGCGCUACCAUUUGGUAAAGCAUAUGCUUUUGGUUUUCAGAUAUCUAUAUUUUAUACGUAAUUCUAGAAGAUCGUUUGAGUGUCAUAAGGAUUAUAGAAUACUAUACUAUGCUUUAAUGGUCUCUCUGAAUUGGCUGUUUCUUUGAUAAUAUUAAAACAACAACCCAAUAGAGCGAGCUUGAUUGACGAUUUUGCGUUCUUUAUGACUACGUGCCCUUUACUAGAUGGCCUGUUUGUUUAAAUGUUUAUAGUGUUUAAUCAUAAUUCGAUUUGAUUGGUGUUAAACACGAUCCGUCUUUUGUUUAUAAAACAGUGUGAGUAAACGUUUAAUCUUUUCCUCAUGCGCUCGCAAUGCAAUUAGAACGUGUUGAUUCUUUCGCCCUCGUGUUUUCGCACCCGUACGAUGCCGCGCGCAUUCCGUUUGUAUCUAUAAUGAUAUUCACGCCUUUUGUACCGCAGUGGUGUUAAGUUUUGUACACUGAGAAAACUACCGCAUUGCAGAUUGAUGUAGACGCGGUAAACUUUCGGAUUAAGCUAACCACAGACAUGUUAUUGCGCUUAAUACAAAAGCGCAAAGUUCUGAUGUUCUACAACCCGCAGUAAGUGUUGUGUAGCCUUAGCUGGAAGCUGAAGUAUAGAUGCACAGUACAACUAGGUGUACUGUAUUUGAACAAUACUACUCUCGACUACUUCAUAAAGUUAAAAUUUACAAUAGCUCUGCAGUGUUUCCUCUCCGGUAAAGCCAAUUGUGGCAGACAUAUAAGAUGCACUUAAUUUUCAGCACCAAAGUAUUAGGUGAGCAUUACUCAUUCUUUCUCACCUAUUUAUUUAUAAAGCGAUUUGUGGCUAAAGCUGGCUUGUGCCAGCCUGCGAAAUUGCCCAUAUAAGUCUACAGUUACCUAGAAUGUUGAUAUCGCUAAUUACAAAGACAGAGCUCCACAAAUAUCAAAGAUGUUUGUACGACUGUUUGAAUCAAGUUGGAUGCCAUUGUCGUGGUAUCUGCUGCUUGUUAGUUACCCAUGUUUGUUGAGAGGUUUGUAUUCAGGAGGCCAUUUCAAUGCAUAAGGUUUAACUUUAAAACACAUUCUUAUCAGUUGGAGUUGGAUACCACUAGAUUUUUAAAAUGUUAAUUAAUGUUUUCAGAAUUUAUCUAUAUACACCUCAAUCAAGUUGCUUCCUGAAUGAUUCUACAUCUCAGAAACUAUACUGCUAGUACGGUAGAUUCUACAUGAAACUUAUUAGAAUUUAGGAUUAAACAUUGCAUGGGAUAAUAUUAGUAUAGCAGUGUUGUGAAGCAUGAUAUUAUUGUGUACUAACAGUCUCCAGUUGCAAUCUGUGGCCGGAAAGUUGAGAAUUCAGAAUAGUUUUCCUGUAUGGCACCCAUUUCCUAUAGCUCUCUGUUGAAAUUAUACGGGGGCAACACAAUAAGGCAAAUUUCCGUAGUACAAACCAGUCAAAUCAUUGAUGCUUAAUGUAUUAAAGUUUACGCAAUCUAUGAGUAAUUCCUUCAUAUAUCGUAGUAUAAGCUGGUUUUUCCCAUGGUUUCCGAUUUCGCGCACUCAUAAUUAUCAUUCAACGAAAUGCUAUAUAAAACGUGUCUAUUGCUUGAUGACUAUACAAUGAUAGGAAGUUAGCGCAUAUCGAACAUAAAUUACGCGCAGUCUAUACAAUGGUACAAAUCACCUUCAAGUGUUUUAAACGGUUUACACUGACUGAAACGGUUUAAAUUUACGAAAAGGGAAACGCGGGUUUUCCUGAGAUUAAAGAGAAAUGUUAUGGGAUUUCAGUUCUUGACAACGUCACGUCAGAGAAUCUCAAGGGCUAAUUUUACUGAUUCAUUCCGCUGAAUAUACAAUGUAGUUAUACCGGAGAAAGCAAAAACAUAAAGACUGGUAGAUCAACUAGAUCAGGUGUACCAACUGAUAGCUUCACGUCGAGAAUUCAAAGGUGUGACUUGAAAUGCUGUUUUUUAUAAGUCAAACCAAGUCCAACUUCAUUCUUCAAGUCUUUCAAGUCUUUCAACUGAAGCAAGUUGUUUCAUGUUUGCGCGUAUGCAUUGUUAGCUUUGGUUUUGAACACGGACAGGUCUUUCACUCUGUAGAUAUAAGAAUAAACAACGUUCAGUACCAGUGUACUGUAGGUAGCGACGAAUACUGCAUAAAAUUCGAACUUGUGUGGAUGACGCAACUAUAUCUGAAAAAUAUAAGCAGAAGCCAGAACUACGACGUUUCGAGCGGGAAGGGCAUUCGUGCGAAACGUUGAAGCUCGGUUUUAUAUUUUUCAUGUAGUUGCAUCAUCUAUACACAAGUUCGCAAAUCGCAAUGAGAAUCAAAAUUGAAAUAGUGAAAUAGUCUAUCAAAGAGAUAAAAAGACAGUGGCAAAAUUUCAUUAUGUCUAUGCUAGUUUUAUAACUAGAAAACUGCGAAUCGGAAAGAUACAACUACCUGAAAAAUAUAAGACCUUUCCCGUGUACUAACCUCCCGAUGAAGGGACUUCAUGGCCCUUCCGACUCGCUACUCACACUGGCACAGAUCGUAGUUUUAUACCAGGCUAUAUAUGUGUACUAUCAUGUACCAACAACUCUUCAAAGAUUUUGUCAGUUGUAUGUUGUGCGCCAUUUUAAUACUUAUCUAUUGUCACUUCAUUGAAAAUAUUUUUAGUGUACAAUAUUUUGUAAAUGUAUACAAUUUCCAACGUUUUAAUACCAUCUUUUUGGUAUUUGUCUUUUGCAAAAUGCGGUGGUUUUACAGCAAUAUAAUUUCUUGGUUAGGGUCUUUAUAACCAGUCUCCUAAUUAAAAGAUUUCUUUGGGUUUGGCUUUGUUAACAGCUCACAGCUGUCAUUUUUCUAGAAUAAUGUGAUUGAUGCGAGAGAAUAAUGCGCAAAUACAUGUAUGUUUUAUACACACAAUGGCCAGUAUGUAAAGAUUUGCAGCUUACUAUACUAUACGUGGCGUUUAACAUGAAGAAUGCGCAAAUCCUUCGCAAAUUCAAGAGUGGCAAUUUUUAGUGCAGACUUUCAGAUUUUAAUGUUUUUAGCAGUGAAAUCAAGCUACAGAUUGUACUUCGGAGCUCUGCUCUGUACUUUGCGCGGGAAUAGUAGACUCUUUAUAUUCACAACAGCGAGCCUUUGAUCGACAUGUCGUUUUUCGUAUUUUGGCAUAGAUUUUAUAUAGCGACAGACAAUCUACCGUUGAAGAUCAUUUGAAGAGAAUUACCUUAAUUUUAAACUAAGCUAUAGCAAUGGAAUGGUAUUUAUAAUUUAAUCAGCAAUCAUUUCUCUAACAUUGUAUAGGGCUGUGGAACUCGUUUCUGGACAAACACCAACGAAAGAAGGGCGGUCAAGUGCGCUUCUCGAACGAACAAACAGUUGAACUUGAAAAGACCUUCGAGAAACAGAAGUAUUUAUCACCACCGGAAAGAAAACAACUCGCGAAGAUGUUGCAACUGUCGGAACGACAAAUCAAAACUUGGUUCCAGAACAGGAGAGCGAAAUGGCGGCGACUGAAGCAAGAAGGAAAAUCCACGGAAGAAGAUGAAGCAGCCGAAAAGAAACGAGAUGUUCAAGACGAAAAAGACGAGGAGAAACGGAAGAAUUGAAAUGUAUUAAUUACUGCUACAACAUGCAAACAUGACCAAACUUGGUCUUGCCCGCUUGGACAGUAGGAUGGUCCUAAUCACCUACUGCCAAGGUAAAAUUGUACAGCUCUAAUCACCUACUGCCAAGGUAAAAUUGUACAGCUCUCAGCUCUUGUUUUAAGUCGUAUAUUUGCAUAGUUUAAGUUGUACUUCACGGCUGGUAUUUCAAUGCCCAAGAACUAUACAUGUAUUUAAAAAGUAAACCUAAGCCUAAACCUAAACCUAAACCUAAAGGCAGGCUUAUAUAUGAUAUAGAACACGACAGCUUUGCCAAUUUUCCGAAUCUCAAAAUUACCAGUUCAGUGUAAUUCAUGAUCGGAUAAUUGAUCAUCUAUGAUGGCUCUAUACUGGUUCAUCUUUCCAAACACAAUUGAAACGUCCUGUUGGUUUCGGUUCAUAUAGCUAUAAUCUAUAUGUAUAUAAUAAGAGUACAUAAGUUCGAGAAGUACCAGUCGCAUUUGUACAGUACCAAUAACAAACUAUAGAAGCAUAGCUUAAACAGAUACAUAAAAUACGACUUAGACUGUAGCUCAGCAAUCAUUUAGAACAUGAUCUAUGUGAAGGUCCUGGCUGUAGGCCUGUUUUGUAUAGCACUCGUUUGCAUGAGAAUGGGAUUAAGUCAAAAAAAGUCAGUCAUCCUUCAGGCUUCAGUAUCAGCUCAAUCAUACUAUAGGAUGUUUAUGAAAUCAGAACACUGAAUUUCACUCGGAGUCUGAGAACUAUCGAGUCCCACGUCUAUGACUAUGGCCCGCUUUGCCUUUGACUUAACUGUCCCGCUCUCAUUCAACAUGAGUUUAGUUAGAUAACAUAUUCAUACGUAUAUAGAUUAGAAAAUGUGAAGAAACUUAGACUUUUGCAAAGUCGUAAAAAGCUACGGGAAAAAUUCUGAGGCGGACUUGUGGCAAGUCUAGGAGAAACCGAGCUGGUCUCGGUGCUACGUAGAACGCGUGAACAUUACUUGUAAAUAUUUCAAACUCGAACGCAAUGGUUCAUACGAACUUUAAUUUAUACACUUGUCAUUUGUUAAUAUCAUAUUAAUGUUGUUAUAUAUAUAUUGUAAUAAAAAUGAAAGGGAAAGAUGCGUGC